UGCCAUAGUAAAGCCGCUAUUUUGACCCUGUCAAGAUGGCGGGUGGUAAGGUGUCGUUUUAUGAUUCCAACUGUAACUUCUCUUCUAAUCGCAACACAAACAGAUUACAGAUCACAUCAUCCGAUAACGUCGCAAGGUUUACGUCUUCAUCAACAGCACAACAUACAGAAACUCAAGAUCAGAUCAAUCGCUGCUUCAAUAAACUAAGAUCACUGAGGCCGUCUGACAGCCCAACCCUAAAAACUGAACUUAAUUUACUAUUCGACCAGCUGAUCUCAGAAAACUACACCAAUAUCACUCAUGACACCAUUCAUCCAGAGGUUGUGUGUGUGCUGCUGGUGCACGCAAGCCGUCUGGUUCCUCUCAGCCAGGAACAUCUGGUCCUCAAACUGUGUCAGUUAAUUCAUCAACUUCUAAACCAGCUACAGGUGAUAGUGGAUGAGCAAACGCUUGAAAUUUUGGUGUCGUACUGCACGCGUGCUCUGAGGACAUGCAGUCCGUGGACUCAUCCAGAAGUGAUGCUCUCCCUCUCGUCACUGGUGUAUGGUAAUGGAUCCAGAUGCCAGCGGCAUCUUCCAGAGCUUCUUGGAGCAGGCGGUGUUCUGGUGAACUACAGUGAUCCUGUUCAGCCUGACAUAGAGCUGCGUCGCUCUGCCGUGCAUUGCAUAGCUAAUCUUUGUCUUAGUGUUUCCGGUCAGCCUUAUUUAGAAGAUCCAUAUAAAGGUGUAUGCUAUGGAGUCCUUCUGCGCACACUACAGUCCCCAAAACCGCCUAAUGUGGAGGACAUCAUCUUCUGUGCAUUAUUACAGAAUGCUCUGAGAGGAAUGCAGUGUUUUCUCAAUGGGGGGAAAUGGAAAGCUGUCCCAAACCAGGAUCUGGGGACCUUAUUGGCUGUGCUCAAAAGAUUUAUGUUCUAUGGACUGCCGGGAAUAAGUGUGGAAAUGCCACAGGUGUUGUACCCAGCACCUCUUCCUCAGUACGAGACCAUUCCUGCUCCAAAACCUGAAUCCUCACAAGAACCAUCCUCACAGAAAAAAACUGCAGGGUCCCAGCAGAACAGAAAGCGUAAGUCUCGUGGUAAAGGGAAGAAAGCUGGAGCUGAGGGAACAAGAGGUGAGGAGGAGGGAGAGAGUGAAACUGGAGCAGGUGGGGUGGAUCAGAGUGACUGGUCAGCUGGCUUGCAACCUGCCGGUGUGAUGUCACCAUCAGGAGCAACUCCACAGCUUCAGCCUUCCUGGAAGAAAGCGAGCUCUGACUCUGAAUUCUCAGACCCCGAGGGAGGAAUGCAAUCUAAACUCAGAUUAUAUCAAGCACGUGUACGUCAAAGCGCACUGCAGUGUUUCCUGGCUGUGGUCCGAUGUGUUGAAAAGCGUGUCCUCUAUGGCUACUGGUCAUCCUUCAUUCCUGAUGCUCCAGGGAUUGGAGGUCCACCUCCUCUCACUCUCCUAACCAUUGCCUUGAAAGACCCUUCCCCAAAAGUGCGGGCCGGCUCUCUGCAGGUUCUGUCUGCUCUUUUGGAAGGUUCUCGACCGUUCCUCACCACCGCCGAAGACACCGGUGCACCACGUCAAGCCUUCACGCCAUUCUCUGCCACGUUAGCUGGCAGUAUCAGAGAGCUCCAUCGCUGUCUGCUGCUAGCUCUUCUCGCUGAGUCCUCCUGCCAGACCCUCACUCAGGUCUUAAAGUGCCUUGCUCAUUUGGUUUCCAAUGUGCCUUAUAACCGCCUAAGACCAGGCCUGUUGAGUCCACUGUGGAAACAGAUCCGGCCAUAUGUGCGCCACAGAGAUGUGAACGUGCGAGUUUCCAGCCUCACACUCUUUGGUGCUUUAGUCUCGGCUCAAGCUCCUCUACCUGAGAUCCAUCUGCUCUUACAGCAACCCGGCUCCACAUCCACGCUAGGCACUCCUGGCAUCAGCACACCUCAGGAGCUGUCUCAAAACUGGAGACAGACAGUUCGGAGAGAAGAAGAAGCAUCGUCGUCCCCUGGAGGAGGAGCUGAGGUUGCCGAGGGACCGUGCUGGCUGCUCCAGCUGUGUGUUGGUCUGGUCACGCAGCCUCGUGAGGAACCGUAUUCGGAUAGUGAUGCUGGAGGGUCCGGCGCUGCUCAGCUGGAACCUUCACCUGUACGACUGGAAGCUUUACAGGUUUUGGCUCACCUGGUAAAGGGUUAUUUCUCAUUGGCUCAGACGUCUCUGUUGGAAUUGGGACAACUCAGCGCCCGCUGUCUCACAGAGCAGGACCCUUCUGUGCAGCUUCACGGCACUAAACUUUUGGAGGAACUAGGAACAGGCAUUAUCCAACAGUACAGAGCCGAUCUCAAUACUCAAAGUGUCAAAUGUGUGCCAGUGUGCCAGGUGGUUCAGUUCUGGUCUGAUGUCUUGGGUGGUCCGCUGAUCGGAGCUUUGCAGAACGAACAGCACCCAACCCUACAGACCAGCGCAUGCGACGCCCUGUCCUCCAUCUUACCGCAGGCUUUCAGCCAGCUGCCCGAUAAGACACAGGUGCUGUGUAUCACGAUACUGCUCGGACUGACAUACAGCGAGAACUCUCUAGUGAAAGCAGCAGCGGUCAGAGCUCUGGGUGUUUAUAUCCUCUUCCCCUGUCUAAGAGAGGAUGUGAUGUUUGUGGCUGACACAGCCAACGCCAUACUCACUGCUCUGGACGACCGCUCGCCCAACGUCCGGGCAAAGGCCGCCUGGUCGCUCGGGAACCUCACAGACACACUCAUUGCCAACAUGCAGUCAGUGGGUCUGGAGUUUCAGGAGGACUUUUCUGAUAUGCUGCUGCUCAACAUGCUCCGAUCAGCUACUAAAGCCUCAGCAGAUAAAGACAGGGUAAAGAGCAACGCUGUCCGUGCGCUUGGGAAUCUGUUGCACUUCCUGCAGCCGGGGCAUCUGGGUAAACCUGUGUUUGUUCAGCCUGUUCAAGAGGCCAUGAGCGCGCUGAUCGAUACGGUUAAAGGGGAAGCAACCAUGAAAGUCCGCUGGAAUGCUUGUUAUGCGCUGGGCAAUGCUUUCAGAAAUCACAACCUACCUCUGGGUACAGCUCCCUGGUCUAAUGACGCCUACUCCGCCCUCUCCCAUGUUGUCACUUCCUGUAAGAAUUUCAAAGUGCGCAUCAAAUCCGCCGCUGCGCUUUCCAUACCUACAGCACGCGAUCGCUACGGAGACGCUGGCCAGUUCGCCGAAGUCUGGCGUGCUUUGGUGCAAGCGCUCGAGCACAGCGAAGAAACCGAAGAUUUCCUGGAAUAUCGCUACUCCGCUAGCUUACGCACCCAACUUUGCCGCGCUCUACUGCAUCUCCUGUCCGUAUGCCAAUCUGAUGACCUUCCUGCACUGAGGUCAUCAUUGAACGACCAAUCAAGACCAGUACUAAAAGACUUCUUGGUUCGUUACCUUAGCGAAAAGGGUGCGGUUUUGGUCGCCGGGUGUGACGGUGUUGAGGGUGAAGAUGCGGUUGAUCACACAGUGACUAAAGAUGGACUGAUGGUGCUCCAUGAGACGUUGAAGAGGCUGAAGGAACUCCAGCCUGUGUCAGACGGCAUUGAAGAUUUGAGGACUGUGGUGGAUUUCCUAGAAGAUGUAGUGAAAGACUUUGAGGUGUUGAAAGAAGCUGACAGCACGCAGUGAGGCACAGCAAAAAUCAAAGUGUAAUUACAGAAACAUUCAGCUGUGAUUAAAGCAUUUUUAAAUA